AUGAAGAAAUGGUUACAAGAAAAAGAAAUUCCAUACGAUGAAAACAUGUUGAAACCCCAGCUUUUUAGCUUGAUUAAAGCACAUAAGGAACAACACAAAACAUACAGCAUUGAUAAAAUUUUAUCAAACCACAACCAUUCAGUGCUUCGCUUACCUCCAUACCAUCCAGACCUCAACCCAAUUGAAAUGGCUUGGGCAGCUAUUAAAGGGUAUGUCAGUAGCAAAAAUGUCAACUGGAGCACUGGCAAAGUAAUAGAGCUAGUGAAGGAAAAGGUCGCGGCGAUGGGUGCUCCGGAAUGGGGUAGAUUAUGUCAAAAGAUAAAAGAGAUUGAGGCGGAGUAUGUAAAAAGUGAUCAUGUGGUAGAUUUAGUCACUGAUGAGUUUGUAAUUUUUGCUGACGAUGAUUGCGACACGGAUGAAGAAAGUAGUGAUGAUGAUGAUGGUCAUGAUUAUGAUAGCGAAAAAACAAUUACAAAUACCAGCUCAGCUUCAGCUGAUCCAAGACCUGGCACCAGCUCUAGUACAUAA